UAGAUGUACAAUCCACGGCGGUGCCCCAUGAGUACAUCCUCGAACUUGUUGUCUACGUUUAGGUUUUUUUUUUUUUUUUUAAAUGUCGUGUAGAUAGUUAUAAAAAUUCCUGUGGUGAGUCGUAACACCGCGUGACUUGUCAUUGAGUUUUUGACGACUUUUUUUUUUGUCCGGAUACAAUGUAAUUUCUAAAACAUAUCUUUUAAAAUAUAAACCCCGGCAAGUUCGCUAACCCCAGCAUGAAGUCACCGCGCGAACUAGCAAGCUAGUGCUAACGCAAGCUAACGAGGGGCAACAUUUUGGACAACGCCGACUGGGGGGGUCGAUGUUCAUCCCUCAGCGCCGUUUUGGCCUAACCGACAGAAUCUGUCCACAUGGCGGCCUUCCCGGGAUCCAUCGACGACGUCAUCGUCGUGGAGGACGAGGACCCCCAUCUCCCGCCGUCCUCCUCUUCUCAGGCGGAAAAAGCCGUGGAGAAUUCGCAUCAUCGAGUGGCGCCGUCCGCCCCAGCCCACGUCGGCCAGUCGCCUUUCACUACGGCCGGCAAGAAGCGCGUCCUGCAGGCGGAGAAUCAGAAGUUGUUCUCGGAGUUUGUGGAACACGUCGCCGCUGUGACCCAGGACUGCCCCGAGGUUUUAGAAUUCCUGAAGAAGAACCAUACCAAAGCCUGUUCGGACUACUUGUCGUCGGUGGAGUUCCGCAACAGUUUGGGCCGAUGUUUGACCCGCGUGGAGACCAACCACUCCAGAAUGUUUGUCUACAUCUACGAGCUGUGCAUGGUGCUCAAGCAGCACAAGGACAGGACGAAGAGGAAGAAGAAGUCGAGCGCGUUUGAGUCCGCCCCCUCUGCCUCUGCUUUGGAUUGUCUUCCGUCUACCUCAUUAAACAGUGAAAGCCGGACCGCCGUCCCGACGGGUGCGCAGGAACAAGAGGGGAAGCCGACGACGGAAGAUGAGAAGCCUUCCACGUCGGGUCUUCUUGAGGACCGGCUGAAGGCGGAGAAAAGGGCAAGCAGGGCCUCCAGGAAGCAGAUCGCGUACCUGGAGAACCUGCUGAAGGUCUACGACGACGAGAUCUGUCGGCUGCAGCGGGCCGAGCUCUCGUUGGACGACCUGGAUGCCGAGGACUCCUUGUACAUCCAGGAGCACAAGCUCAAGCACAAGAUGAUGAAGAUCUACAAAAAGCUGUGCGAGCUGAAGCACUGCAGCUCGCUGACGGGCCGAGUCCUCGAGCGCAAGAUCCUCUACACCGACACCAGCUAUCCUGAGAUCAGCAGGAGGAUCCAGCGUUACAUCAACAGCCCCGAGGUCUGUAUGAACCCGCCCGACUACCAGGACAUCCUCCAGCAGGUCCAGUUGGCCAGCAAGCGGCACAACCUGCGCCUGAGCAGCAUGCAGCUGGAACAGAUCGCCCGCAAGGCCUUCACCGACAUCGGGACCAAGAUCCAGCAGCGGCGCCAGCAAGACCUGCUUUAUGACUUCGGCUGCCAACUGACCAGCGAGUACAAGCCCGACAACGACCCGGCGCUGAAGGACACCUCGCUGCUCCGGAAGUUACGUGACAAUCAGGAAAUGGGCCUGAAUCGCCUGGACGACGUCAUCAACAAAUACGCGACCCAACAGGAGAAGACGGACGAGAAGGACUGGACGCGGCGGCACGGCGAAGAGCGAGAGGAGGAGGAAGAUGAGGAGGAGGAGGAGGAGGAGGAUGACGCGUCCUCAGAAGAAGACAUCGAGGAAGAGAUCCAGGCCAGCAGCCAGCAGGAUGGAGCGGGUGAGGACAGCGAAGAAGAUGGCGGCAACGAGGCGGAGAGAAUGAACGACGGCGCCAUCAAGGACGAGCAGGCGUCGCCCGACGUCAGCACGGCGGGCGACGAGGCGUUCCCGGGCGGCCCCGUCCCCGACGCGAGCGUGUCGGCCAUCUCGCCGCUGUCGGGCGUCACGUCUGCCGGCGACGACCCCGGCCGGCCGGAGCCCGCGCAGGCCCGCGCGCCCUCGUCUGACGGGCACGUCACCCCCGUCGCAUCAGGGGUGCCCCCCUACCGGCAUGCCGAUCCGGUCACCUGCAACCAAAGCAACGGCACCGACCCCCCCGCGAACGGGGCGUCCCCACCGCCGCCGCCGGAGACGACGUGCCGCCCGGGCAUCUCCACCGGCACCUCGCCACCUCGUCCGUCGCCGCCCAAGCGGAGGGUGAGCAGGAGCCAAAAGAGGAAAAGGCCGGCGGACGCCAUCCCGAAGCAGAAUCACAUCAGUGCGGACGACAGAGAGGUGGAGGUGCUGCUGGACAUGGGCGUCACCCGCGCCUCUCCGCCGCACGCCGCCGACGCGUCCGACUACCAGCUGGUCAGCAGCUCGCAGUCGCUGCCCCCCAGGAAUAAGAAGAAGAAAGUUGACGUCGCCACCCAGUGCGACCCCCUGGAAAUCAUCGAACUGUCGGACUCGGAAUGACCGCGCGUCACGAGUCAAAAUCGAUCUCGGCUUCCGGGUGCGAGAUCAACAUGUGCUCAGGACUCGGGGGGGGGGGGGGGGCGGAACGCCAGUCUGUUUACAUUUUUAUACAUUUUUCUUUUAAAUCACUUCGGGACACUUGUACAUUUUUGACCAUGUUGUCGUUGGCGGCGUUAGAGUCGCUGAGCUCGACGGACUUAGCAUCGUUAGCAUUUAGCGCGCGCGGGUGCUCGGGCGGUGGACAUUUUGAGUCCGACCAAUCUUCAUCCGUAAAAAAAAAAAAAAUAAUAAA